AUGGGCUUGCCACCGGUAGCCCAAUUCAUCAAGAAGAAGGCGAAACAUGGGAAUGGCCACACCGCCGCAGAGGAGGUCCCUCGCAAGCUGAAGAAGCAGAAGGUCACCAAGGAAGACGCGACACCGCAGGAGGAGGCCGCGGCGGUGCCUGUGGCUGGUCCAGAGCCAGCCGCACCUGCAGCAACAAAUGGAGGGGAGCAUUCCGUGCGGCCGCCCCCUGGCAAUGUGUCGGGGAUCAUGUCGCAGCAGACCUUUGACUCGCUGGAGGUUUCGGAUCAGACCAAGAAGGCCAUUGUCAGCAUGGGGUUCACAUACAUGACGGAGGUCCAGGCCCGGACUAUCCCGCCCCUCCUCCUGGGGAAGGAUGUCCUGGGUGCCGCCAAGACUGGCUCUGGCAAGACGCUCGCCUUUCUGAUCCCGGCGCUGGAGCUGCUGUACCGCGCCAAGUUCAUGCCACGCAACGGCACGGGCGUGCUGGUCAUCUCCCCCACGCGUGAGCUGGCGCUGCAGAUCUACAACGUGGCGGUGGACCUCAUGAUGGGCCACUCCCAGACCCACGGCCUGGUGAUGGGCGGGGGCAACCGCCGGGCCGAGGCUGAGCGCCUGACCAAGGGCGUGAGCCUGCUGGUGGCCACGCCGGGGCGCCUGCUGGACCACCUGCAGAACACCAAGGGGUUCCUGGUGCGCAACCUGGCCUGCCUGGUCAUCGACGAGGCCGACCGCAUCCUGGAGGUGGGGUUUGAGGAGGAGAUGCGCCAGAUCAUGAAGCUGCUGCCGCGGGAGCGCCAGACGGCCCUCUUCUCCGCCACGCAGACCACCAAGGUGGAGGACCUGGCGAGGCUGUCCUUUAAGAACAAGCCGGUGUACAUUGCAGGCUACUGUGUCGUGCCUGGGGACAAGCGCUUCCUCCUCCUCUUCACAUUCCUCAAGCGAAACACCAGCAAGAAGGUCAUGGUCUUCUGCUCCUCCUGCAAUGCCGUCAAGUACUACUCCGACCUGCUCAACUACAUCGAUAUCCCGGUGAACGCCAUCCACGGCAAGCAAAAGCAGGCCAAGCGGACCGCCACCUUUUUCGAGUUCUGCCAGGCCACCACCGGCAUCCUGCUGUGCACGGAUGUCGCGGCGCGCGGCCUGGACAUCCCCGCCGUGGACUGGAUCAUCCAGUUCGACCCGCCGGACGACCCCAGGGAGUACAUCCACCGCGUCGGACGGACGGCGCGGGGGAGGAGCGGGAAGGGCAAGGCGCUCCUCAUGCUGCUGCCCGAGGAACUCAAGUUCCUGCAGUACCUCAAGGCCGCCAAGGUGCCGCUGGCAGAGUACGACUUUCCAGUGUCCAAGCUGGCCAACGUCCAGACGCAGCUGGAGAACCUGGUGUCGAAGAACUACUUCCUGCACCAAGCCGCCAAGGAGGCCUUCAGGUCGUACAUUCUGGCCUACAACUCCCACCAACUCAAGGAGGUGUUCAAUGUCCACGCUCUGGAUCUGAAGGCGGUGGCACGUAGCUUUGGAUUCGAGACACCCCCAAAGGUGAACAUCAAUCUUGAGAGCAAGGCGGCACACUCGCGGAAAACGAGGAACGCGGUCUACCAAAAGCCGCGAACGCAUUACUAG